AUGGACGUAGAACAAGUACUCAUUUUUUUGUAUGGGGACAGUCAACGUGUUAAACAAACGAUUUUACUUAUUCGAACAAAUACAUUUUUGAGAAAAUUAAUACCUGUAGAUGAUCAUAUUGAUUUUCAUAAAGUUGUUGGACGUGUUAUUACUGGUUUAGCUAUUCUACAUACCAUUGCACAUAUGGCUAAUUUUGGAAGAAUGACAGAACAUUCGUGGGGUGUCUAUAUGUUUACUACAAAACAUGGUAUUGGAUGGAUUGGUGAUUUUGCUCCUUUAAGUGGAAUUAUUUUAUGUAUUAUUCUUAUUAUUAUUGUUAUCUGUUCAAUGCAAUGGAUUCGACGAGGUGGUCAUUUUCAGAUUUUCUACUGGACACAUCUACUUUAUUUUCCUUUUUUUGUCAUUCUUAUUAUUCAUGCAGAAAACUUCUGGAAAUGGAUUAUCGGUCCUUUAUUCUUAUUUUUAAUUGAAAAAUUAUAUUCAGUUCUAAAGCGUUAUUCAUCACAUAGCGGUCGAACAUAUCUUCGUUUUGUAACAAUAGAACAAUCGAAUGUAAUUAGUUUAAAUAUUAAUCGACCAAAAAAUUUUACUUUCAAACCUGGUGAUUAUAUAACUAUCAAUUUACCUCGUGUUACACUUUAUGAAUUUCAUCCAUUUACAAUAAGCAGUGCGCCAGAAAAUAUAAAUUAUUUGACUAUACAUAUGCAAGCUGUUGGUAAUUGGACAAAACAAGUCUAUCAACGUUUUAUCAAUAUGUCAGAAGGUGACGCUGAAGCAAAUCAUAUAAAAGUUUUUCGUGCUGAUCUUAAUCCUGAACGAGUAAAAACUGAAUUACAAGAGGAAAAUGAACGUAAUUCAGAUAAUGAUGAAGAUGAUAGUAUUUUAUCAAAAUCAUCUAAACGAGAGCCUGUUAUUAUCAAUGGACCUUAUUCAUCAUGUGCACGUUAUGUAUUUGAUUGUAAACAUGUUGUACUUAUAGGUGGCGGCAUAGGAAUUACACCUUAUGCAUCAAUACUAUCAAGUCUUAUGGCACAAUUUCGUGCAUCACGUAUUGUAUGUAAACAUUGUCAACAUAUAAAUUAUCAUACAAAAGGUCUAGUAGAAAAUAAUCGUUUAAAAAAAGUUGAUUUUAUUUGGGUAAAUCGUGAUCAAAAAAAUUUCGAAUGGUUUCUUAAUCUUCUUCGUCAAUUUGAACAAGAACAAGAAUAUUAUCUUGCAUCAAAUUCUGAUGAACAGCGUUUUCUUGAUAUACAUUUAUAUUUUACUGAAAUAAAACAUGAUGAAAAUAUAGGUAAUGUACCAUUGGAUCUUGUAACAAAAGUAUGGGCUCAAGUUGCCGGACAAGAUAUAUUUACAAAUUUAAAAUCUAAAACACAUAUUGGUCGACCAAAAUGGGAUGAAAUAUUUAAUCAACUGAUUUCAGGUGAAAAUGCUUCAACAGCUAAUGAUGUUAAUGUAUUCUUUUGCGGGCCCAAUACAAUGGGUGAAGCAAUUCGAAAUCAUUGUACAACAUAUAGAUUUCGAUUUUACGAAGAAAAAUUUUAA